AUGCAGUACUACAACCAAACGCCUAAUCCCAUGAUGGGUGGAGGAGGGAUGGGUGGGAUGGGAAUGAUGGAUCCGAGAAUGCAACAGCAAAUGCAAAUGCAAGGGAUGAACCCUAUGAAUGGCAUGAAUGGAAUGGGAGGGAUGCAACCAGGUAUGGGAGGGAUGAUGAAUGGGAUGGGGAUGGGGAUGAAUGGGAUGGGUAAUUAUGGUCAGGCAUGGAGACAGCUUGGAUACGAUUAUACCUUACCGGUUCUGGGAUAUAAACCCGAAGCUACUUGGGGAGCAUGGGAUUUGGCAAAUGCGCAAUAUAACGGAGGAAGACUUGAAAGAUCAUUUUUCGACAAUAUCGUACGUCUUUUAAGAGAAUAUCAAUACCUCAAACAUAAAGAUAAGUAUCAACGUGAACAUGAAGGCUUACAAGAUUCAAAUUCCCCUUUGACCACUCCGUUAUCUCCAAACUUCUUGUCGAAACAGAUUUCAACCUUGACGAACUUUUUUGCGAAUCGACAUUUGUCAGAGGAAGCUGCUCGAGAUGCUCAUCGAAGAGUGUAUUAUCAAGCUGAAGGUGCUGAUGCCGGUAAUAAAACGUUGGGUGGGGCUGCGGCUUAUCAAGCUUACUUAAUCUGGGAUCGAGAUCAUUAUUCCGCUUAUCAUGCCAAUCCCACUCAGGAAAACAGAGAAAGACUUGUCGGUCUAGCUGUAGCUGAAUUGUUCAGUCUAUGGGAUCGAGUUCAACCUAGAUCAUCAAGAGCAAAUACCGAAGAUGCCGCUCAGUACGCUGCUGCCACUGCCAAAUAUCUCUUCGACAGGCACUAUGAUAUUCCUCACUCUCACUCCCACCGACGAUCUGGAUCUAGAUACUCCGGCUACGGGGCUGAUAAUGAUAGUGAUUCGGAUGAUGAUAGGCGAAUGAGGAGAAGGAGUCUAUACAAUCAACAACCUUAUGGCAUGGGAGGAAUGCAAAAUUCUAUGAUGAAUCAAAUGCCAAUGCAAGGAGGUAUGAUGCCAGGAGGUGGCGGGGGCAUGAUGGGACCUCAAUCGAUGGGUAUGGCAGGUAUGGGCAUGGUCCAACCUGGUAUGGGAGCAUUGGGAAUGCCAGGGGCAAUGGGAGGUGGAGGAAUGAUGAAUAACCCAAUGAUGAUGAAUCAGAUGGGAAUGAACGGUAUGGGAGGUAUGGGUAUGGGUAUGGGAGGAAUGCAAACCGGAAUGAUGAAUGGCGGGAUGAUGGGUGGUGGACCGCUGGGAGGUAUACCUGGGAAUCAUGGUCAGUUGGGUGAGGCGCAAGCUGGACCGGGCAUGCACCCUUACACCUAUGGAGGCCAGUCAGGCGUAGCCUAUGGAAACACCCCUAUAGAUCAGAUGGGUAAUCCAACCUUCCCUGGAGGACCUGGACGAAGCUGGUACGGUUAUGGCCAACCUAGAUAUUUUUAG